GACUCGACUACUAUAUCUUUUCUAAACGUCUACAAAUCCGUUGCGAUGGCUUCAGAAAAGAAGGAUAAGAAGCGCAAGGCUACUUCCGCCGCCGCUGUCGCUGUUCCCGACCUUCCAAACAAGAAAUCGAAAAAGGCUUCUGUCGCCGAGUCCACACCCGCUUCGACUCCCAAGUCCAUUCUCAAGAAGAAGAAUACUGAGGAAAAAACCAAUGGUGUUUCAAAGUCGACUGUGCCAGAAACCACCGAUGAACCUUCCCGAAAAAUCAAGCCGCGCAAGCGUGCGAGCGACUUUUUGAGCGACGAUGAAGACGACGAAGACAAAAGCGAGGAAGAGGAGACAAAAUCAAAGAAUAAGAAAAAACAGGCUGUGCAGAAAGUAGAGAAAAAGGAGACGAAAAAGGCAGCUCCCUCGAAGACGAAGAAAGUUGAGCCCGUCGCAGAAGAAGAGUCGUCCGAGACAUCAGAGGGUAGCAAUGAUGACCAGUCUGAAAAUGAUGAGAUUGAUGAUCAAACCGCAGAAUUGAUCAAGGGGUUCGAGAGCAGUGGGGACGAAGAUGCGUCUGAAGAUGAAGGCUUUGAAGCUGGUAAACCCGUCCCUCGAAUUCCGGACUCGAAAAAGGCCAAGCGCAAGAUUCAGAAGAAAUUGAAGGAGAAUGAUCAGCCCGAUGAACCUGGGGCUGUAUACAUUGGACGUAUACCUCACGGCUUCUACGAACACCAAAUGAGAGCCUACUUCUCCCAAUUCGGCGACAUAACUCGUCUCCGCCUCUCCCGCAACCGCGUCACAGGCCGAUCCAAACACUACGCCUUCAUUGAAUUCGCCUCUUCAGUUGUCGCCAAAAUCGUUGCGGAAACGAUGAACAAUUACCUCAUGUACGGCCACAUCCUCAAGUGCAAAUACGUACCUCAAGAACAACAACAUCCUGAACUCUGGAAGGGUGCAAACCGUCGAUACAAACGUGUCCCCUGGAACAGGAUUGAGAAGCAGCGUCUCGAACGUGGUAAGACACGCGAUAAGUGGGCACAGAAGAUUGAGCAAGAAGGGAAAAGACGAUUGGCCAAGGCGGAAAAGUUGAAAAAAUUGGGGUAUGAGUUUGAGAUGCCGGAGUUGAAGGCUAUUGAUGUGGUUCCUGUGCAGGAGAAGUUGUCUGCUCCUGAGGCUGCCACGGGAACAGCAGCUGUUGAUGCUGUUGCUACUGUGGAUGACAGUGCUGAGAAGGCUGUUGUUGAAGAGACACCCAAGAAGAAGGAAUCCAAAAAGGAGAAAUCCAAGGAGAAGGUCAAGAAAGAUAAGGAGCCAGAAACAGCUGAAGUUGAUGCUGCUCCGGUCAAACAUAUGGAGACUACUUCUACUAUGCCCGAGACAUCGACCAAGAAGAGCAAGUCGAAGAAGUCAAAGAAAUCCGUCGGCAAGGCUUGAGGAUGCCAUUCCCUUUUUACGUAUGUAUAGAUGAUAAAAAGUUAUCCUUCAGUUGGUCUAUUCUGUAAAGCGGUUUAUUUAAUGCAGAAAAUGGACUUGUUAAAUAUCUUGGUUGAUUUUUUGUUCUCGGUUUUUUCAGGCUAGUGUCUCAAACAUAAGUUAGGGCUUUAAACUUGGGUGACACAUCAAUGGGAUUGUCCCCCCAUUAUAUCCGACCCAUACACCCUCUCGGCCAACAAUCGAAGUUUCAUAGGCAUUUGCUGAUCAGGAUAAUGUGCAAGGAUAUCAUUCUUACUCGCUGGAUGUAGAAGACUAGACCAUGUAUUUCCUUCGGUUUGAUUCAUUGCACGUUGUUCGCAGUAUGUCCGUCUUUCGGCGUUCCACCAUUUCGGUAGAAUACUAUCUUUGUUUCUGCUUGUUGAUGACGAAGAAGAUGAUGACGAUGGUGUUGGUGAUGAUGCUGAGUUUGUGUCGGUGUCGUGUGUAGUUGAUGAGGAUGGUGAGGAUGAGAAAUCGUUGUUCUCAUCGAUAUCUUCUUGGUUGCUGUGUCUGGGCAUGGGGCAUUCAGCAAGAUCUAGGAAAUCGCGGAAAUCCUGGAGAGCGAAUUGCAGAACUUGAUUGUCAUUGUCGUGGUCGCUGCCAGAAGGAUUGUUCAUAUAUCGCCCUCUCAACCUCCCACAAUACAUCUUCUCAUCCUCCACCCUCAACCGAUACGCAUCAACCAACUGAUCCAUCACUGCUUCCUCCGUCGGCAAACUCUCCAAAUAACUAUUCCCAACCAUGAUAGCGCCCACACUGCAUGCCCGCUGAUGUCCUCUCUUCCAGUCCGCGCGUUGACAUGCCCGCGAGCAAUACAGCGCCGAACGACAACGUGCGCAUCGUUUGAGUUUUUGCUCGGCACGCGGGUUCAGUGGUUCCCUUUUUUUGCAGUGUGUGCAUGUGCGGGCUGAUUUGCUAGUCGAUUUUCUUCUUGCUCCUUCUUUUACUUCUGCCCUUUCUGCUGCUUUUCGUGGAGAAAUAUGACUGUUGAGCCUGGCGAGCUUUUGGUUGAUAAAGUCCAUGUCUCCCUCAAGCAAGGCAAUAUCUACUGCAACCAAUAGACUGACGCUGUCAUGUGCUAACUAUCUUCCACCGGACAGAAGUUUUUUGACUUGAUAGAUUGAUCCGCCAGGAAUGAUCCGAAUAUAAACCCACGAUAUGUCAAAUAUCACACAAC